AUGGCCCUCAGAGUUUUGACCUACCGUAUCGAGAGGCGGUUAGGGGACAUCGAUCCAAUAAAAAGUCAAUAUGGAAAAGGGGCACUUACAGCGCGCACGGCGUUACGCAAGGCGUGGAAACGGCUCUGGGUUUGCACAAGGCUUUAUCGCGAUAUGGCGUUGAUAAGGCGCUUCUCACGAGAGCCGAGCGGUUGCGAAACUGGGCCAAAGCUUUUAUGCGACAUCUGCCGAAGGAAAUUCGUCGAGCGUCAGCAAAUCGGUCCGGGAUGCAGAGUCGUGAGGCCCUCAGCGGCAUUUGGAGGUAGCGGCGCUUUGCGCAAACGCUGGUGGGUGUGGGUCCGCAUUCGCGAAGACAAUAACUUGCGCCAGAGCGUUCGCUUACGUAAGACAAGAGCACGAGCGCUCCAUCAACCGUUCACGAAGCCGCCUGUCUUCGUGCACCGUUCCAAAGUCGCCAUU